ACAACCCUGUUUUGUUCAGUUCAAUAAAAUCGUAAAAAUGAAUGACGAACCGCCUCCGUCUAAAAAAGCCAAUUAUGAUCGACGUACUGAACUUGAAAUUCUGUCGAAGGAGGAGUUAAUUGAUAAACUUCUUGAAAUUGAAGGAGAACUAAAAAAGAAAGAAACUUUAAACCCUGAAGCCAGCCAACGAGAAAAUGUACUUGUGAUGCGGUUGGCUAGUAAGGAACAGGAGGUGCAGGAAUUGGUAGGACAGGUAGCUGAAUUAAAGCAAGCACAUGCAAAUUCGACUUUAAAUAAUCUACAAAAAGCACUACUUGAUCCAGCAGUUAAUCUCGUUAUCCAACGUUUAACUAGUCAACUAACGACAACCAAGCAAAAAUUGGAAUCUGCUCAACGCGAUCUAGAUGCCUUUAAGUUUACUGCCGAUUCUCAAACUGGAAAGCGUCUCAUGGCAAAAUGCCGUGUUUUAUUGCAAGAAAACGAAGAUUUAGGAAAAAUUAUUUCAAGUGGACAAAUAGCUAAAUUGGAAGGUGAAAUAUCUUUACAAAAAGAACUUGUAGAAACUAUGAAAAAGAACGAAAGCGAUUUAGAGCAAAUGUUUUUAGAGAUGGAUCAUGAUAUGGAAGGACUACAAGCCACUUUACAACAAAACCAACAAGAUCUUAAAAAACUAACAGAUGAGAACACUCGUCUUAUUGAAGAAAACAAAAGACUGUCAGGAGCUGAAGCCGUAUAA